AUGCAACUCUCUACCCUCAUCUUCUCGGCUGGCCUCAUGGCUUCUGGUAGCGUCCUCGGCGCUCCUGGCGCUGUUGCGGAGCGUUCGACCGUCGCCGAGUCCAUCGCCAACGCCACCGCACUCGGCGUGGACGUGUACGGCAAAAUUCCCGCGGAUGCCGUGAGAGUCUCUGACGGCUCCUACACCGCCGAGCCGGGCUCACAGGCUUGGGCUUGGAUCCGUGCCCAAAUCGACCUCCCCAACACCCUCGAGACCCGAAACGAGAUCGAGAACAGGGCCGCCCUCGAGAAGCGCCAGGCUGCCAACAUUGGCAUCGGCAUGUUUUCUCAAGACUGGUGUCAGGGAAAGGCCGCGUGGUUCGACAACGCGGGCUACAACAUCCACCACAUCAGUCACGACAACAUGUUCAGCGUCGGCAUCAGCUAUCGCGGGCUCCGCAGCAACGAGCAGCUUGACUUCAGCAAGUUUGCCAACAACGACCUGUGCGGAAAAUACGUCUUCACCGCUGGACAAAACACCCCGGUUGGUUGCUUCAACUCCCAGCUCAUCAACUGCUUCCAUCUUUUCCAGAAAUAG